AUGCGUUUUUCGAACUCUAUUAUCGCUGCUUUCGUAUUGGCUCUUGGAGUACAAGCCAUAGUAUUGCCCAUUAUCCCUCGCGCUGAAGACGUUGAGGCAGACGAAGCCUGGAAGAUCUCGCGCCGCGCCGAAGCCGAUGAAGCAUGGAAGAUCUCAAAACGCACUGAGGCAGACGAGGCAUGGAAAAUUUCCAAGCGUGCUGAGGAUGUCGAAGCUGAUGAGGCAUGGAAAAUUUCGAAGCGCGCUGAUGCUAUGGAAGCGGACGAGGCGUGGAAGAUCUCGAAGCGCACUGAGGCUGUUGAAGCUGAUGAGGCAUGGAAGAUUUCCAAACGCGCCGAGGCUGUUGAGGCGGACGAAGCUUGGAAAAUCUCGAAGCGCGACAACGCUGUUGAGGCGGAUGAGGCAUGGAAAAUUUCCCGAAGCGCCUGA